AUGGACAAGGAAGAGAUGGAAGACCUUAUGGGCGCGUUGCUAGAGCUCAGAGGACAAUACCGCAACCUCAUCUGGUUUGGCGAAGUCAAUCGCAGAGGCUUCGUCAAGAUCACCAAGAAGCUUGACAAGAAGAUUGAGGCCUCUCAGUCGCAAAAUACAUACCUGGCUUCGAAAGUCGACCCCAAGGCUUUUGCGAACAAUCGCAGAACCGAGGCAGACAUGCGUGCCAUCAACGACUGGCUGUCGGGCUUGGGCGAUGUCAAGGUCUUUGAUGACACUGCUUCAAUCGCCUCAACCGGCUCGCUGCACCGCGUUUCAUCCAAGAAUGCCAUGCGAGUGUCUACAGCUGUGCUGGACACUCUAGAGCAAAACGUCCGCCAAGAUGAUCUUCCCAAGCUUCAAGAGACCAUCUCGACUUCUUUGAAGGAUCUGUCCCCUUCCAUUGUUCAGAAGUUGAUGCUCAACCUUCUGCAGCGUGCUAUUUCCGCAAAGUCUCAAGAUUGCAUCAAGUACUUGCUAUCACAAAUCUCUUCUCUCACCGAGGAUGAUGACAUGAACAAGCGAAACGUCAUUCAUCGCUUGGUAAUUGCGACUGGCCGCGCAAGAGCUCUGGAAGAGAAUGGCCCGGCUGCAGUUCCAAUUGGUGCGGAAACAAACUCCUUUAUCAACGCAGCAGAACUUCCGGUCCGUGUUCCCUCUUCGUUCAAGGUCCAGGAGAAGGACGUCGCCCAAACACUUGGCCAAGAAGAUCCUGCUAUUAAGAUUCUAACCUAUGUCCUCUCGAACCUCUCCGCUGAGCAGAGAGCGGUACUGAAGGAAAGAGAUACAUACGGUCGUCUACCUCUUCACUAUGCCGCACAGUAUGGUCUGGUAGCUGCGUCGCAAACUAUCAUCAAGUACAUGCAAGCUUGGAACCAGUUCGAUGUCACUAAGGGUAUUGAUUCUGACAUCUGGCAAGACGCAGAAGGAUACGCGCCUCUGCAUCUAAGUGUCAUCGGUGGUCACUACAGGACCACAAAGGCCUUGCUUAUGGCUGAAGAUUGGCAUGGCGAGGCCGAGGACAGUCACGCUGCCAGACGCAACGUUGAGAAGUCAGGCGCUGCACUGGCUUUGGCGACAAAGAACAAUUUCUACAUGAUCGUCAAAUUGCUGGUUGAUGCUGGCAUCAGUAUCAACUACCAAGACGACCAGGGCGAAACUUCGUUGCAUAUUGCUGCUCGCUUCGGCUUCGUGGAGUGCACCAAAUCUCUACUCGAAGGCUCCGAAACACAAAAGGCUAACCUCGAGAUCACUGAGAAGACAUAUGGUUGGACGCCACUCUUCAUAGCAUGUGUUGAUGGUCACUUGCCAAUUGUUGAACUGCUCAUUGAGGCUGGUGCUGAGACAGGCAAGGCCGAUCUGUCGGGUUGGUUGCCCAUUGAGCAUGCUGCUCUUCGAGGUCAUCUCGACGUUGCAAACAAGCUGGCUGAUCUUAGCCCAACUCCUGACAAUCUCGACGCACCCUCUCCACUGCUCAGACCAAGCAAUGCUCCGGGUACAUCGCCGAAGAACAUUUCGUCCAUUGGCGACCGACGAUCCAACGUUCCUCAAGGCCGUGAUGCCCCUCGCAUUCCGGAAACUGUCAAGACUUUUGGACACAGAUAUCUUACAGAUGAGUCCUUGGUGCUCGUUAGUCUCGGCUCUAUGGACAAUCGUAAGAACGUCCCAGCAGUCACUCUCGACAAUAUCCCUCUGGCAGAUGCGCAUGCCACCCAGCUAGACACUGCUCUUUCGCUGGUUGUGGCUGCGUCGGGUGCAAGUGGAGAACCAACAAUUGUGGAUCUGCCUGUUCAAGAGAACAUCAGCACUUCACCCAUCUCAUUCAAGACUCGGGAUCCGACCAAAGUCAGACUGCUCUUUGACAUUGUUCCCACAUACUCUGGCUCGAAGGACAAGAUUGUGGGGCGUGGUGUGGCUUUGCUUUCUAGUAUCAAGCCCAGCAUUGGCUCAAAGCGCAUGCUACUCCAAGGUGACUUGAGUGUACCGAUUGUUGCUGCAGAGACAUUGGAUGUCAUUGGCUCUGUUAACUUCAACUUCCUCAUCAUCACACCAUUCCAACACCCGAAUAUGCACAUUGCUGAGAACCAGACUUAUUGGAAGAGUACAUCGACACAAGUCAUCGGUCACCGUGGUUUGGGUAAAAACAUGGCAUCGAUGAAGUCUUUGCAGCUGGGAGAGAACACUCUUCAAUCUUUCAUUGCGGCCGCCAACUUGGGUGCAUCUUACGUCGAGUUUGAUGUUCAACUCACCAAAGACCAUGUGCCUGUCAUCUACCAUGACUUCUUGGUCAGCGAGACAGGCAUCGAUGCACCUGUGCACACGUUGACCCUGGAGCAAUUCAUGCAUGCAAGCGAAGGUCAAACGCCAAGAAGCUCACGUCCACCCUCACCCAAGAGAAGUCACCUAGAUGGCGUGUUUGAGCAGUCACGCAAGCAACGCUCCUACUCACUUGGCGGUGCUCAAGACGAACGCGCCCCUGACAUGUCGGAGCGCAUGAAGCACACGCGCGACUUCAAAGAGAAGGGUUUCAAGGGCAACAGCCGUGGCAACUUCAUCCAAGCACCCUUCACCACUCUGGAAGAAAUGUUCAAGACGUUGCCAUCCUCGAUCGGCUUCAACAUUGAAAUGAGUAAGUUUUGCUUUUCUAGCUUACAGUCUGCCACUAUUACAGCACCACUAACUCACACCUCACAGNAAUACCCCAUGCUCUUCGAAUCAGAAGAACACGACAUGGACACGUACGCCGUGGAGCUAAACUCAUUCGUCGACACCGUCCUCACCAAAGUCUACGAUUUGGGUACAGGCAGAAACAUGCUCUUCUCCUCCUUCAACCCAGACAUUUGUCUCUUGCUUUCCUUCAAACAACCUUCCAUCCCCAUCCUCUUUCUCUCUGACGCCGGCACCUCCCCUGUCGGCGAUAUACGCGCUUCCUCGCUCCAAGAAGCCAUCCGCUUUUCCUCGCGCUGGAACCUGCUGGGUGUGGUUAGUGCUGCCGAGCCGCUGGUCACUUGCCCGCGCUUGAUUAGAGUCGUCAAGGAAAGCGGGCUGGUGUGUGUGAGUUAUGGCACACUGAACAAUCAGCCUGAGAUGGUGGCGAGACAGGCCAAAGAAGGANUUGAUGCCGUGAUUGUGGAUUCGGUGUUGGCGAUCAGGAAGGAGUUGACGGCUGCGCAGCAGAAGNGAGGGGGUAAAUUUGAGCAAGGACCCAUCAUUGAGGUUCCACAGAUUGUUUCUACUGCCAAUGGUAACGGAGUGCAAGCUAACGGACAUGCUUGA